CCAUUCCGUGUCUCAGGCGGAGCAAAGUGGAAGCACUGUCCCGGCAGGUCACGGCGGAGAGCCGCGGUAGCGAAGUGGGGUGCGAGCUGAGGAUGUGACACGGCGCCAAAGGGAGGGGAAAAGAGAAAGAAAGAGAAGGAAAGUUAGGAGCGAGGAAGCGCAGUGACAGACAGGCAAAGAGCCGCCGCUGUGGCCGCACCGUGAGCGCGCUGAGGAAGGGGCUCGCGGACAUCGGCGCUUUCCCGCCCGGGGCUCCGUCACGCUCCACGCGGCCGCCGUCCAGGAGUAACUCCGAUCCAACAUACCACAGACGCAGGAGGUGAUUUCACAGUGCUGAAGGAGGGUCGUGUGCUCAGCCAGCAUGUCGUCCAAAGGGCCCAGCUCCAACAACAUUGCCCACGCGCGGAGGGCUGUUCAACAGCUCAGGAUAGAGGCCAACAUUGAGCGGAUAAAGGUGUCCAAAGCUUCCGCGGACCUGAUGCGCUACUGUGGGGAGCACGCCAAGUACGACCCACUGCUCAUGGGAAUUCCUGCUUCAGAAAACCCCUUUAAGGACAAAAAACCCUGCACUAUACUGUAAUGACAUGCCUCUCCUGCAUUUUUUUGUCAUUUUUUAAUUUUAUCAUCAGCAAUCUGAUUAAAAGAAUGCUCUAAUCUUCCCCACACUUAACAAGUGAAUAUCCCAGUUAAAUUGCAGCUAGAGUGCCCCCACCCCACCCCUUUAUCCUCUGCAUUCACACUUGUCGGAAUGAGGGAAGAUCUACGGAUUAUUCUGGAAGCAAUUCUCACAGAAGGGAUGAGUAAUGAGUGCUGGUUUGGGAGGAACAUUUGAAAAACCGAGGCCUUUCAUGUCUAGUGACACAAACGUUUAUGUAGGCAAUUAGCGCAGCUCCUACUCUUAGGGGAGGGUUUCCAGAUUAAGAACCGAGCACAUUCCCACAAGAGGCCUGCUUUGGUAAGGAAGGCCUGUGUCACCAUAAGUUACGGGGGUGAUCUGUCGGGUCAAAAGGUCGCUUCCAACCAGUAAACACCUCAAGAUGUUAUGUUUGUGCAAAGUGGGGCGUUUAAUCGUGCGUAUGCUGGAGACCCUAACCCUUCCUAAGCUGUGGCCUUCAGAGGCAGGCUGGACACAGUCUGAAUGGAAAUGUCUGGCUGUCCAGAUGUCUGUUUCUGUUAAAUAAUUCAAUAAAAGCUAAGUGUUGGCCAUCAAAACGGUAAAAAUUAAGCCUGAAACCACUAAUAGCAGUUAGUUAACGAACAUGAACCUCGUCUGGAAGGAGAGUAACAGCUGACCCAGAAGGUGUCCUCUUUCUAAGUUAUUUGGCUGCUUUUUUCAGAUUUUCCUUACUCAACCACUAAACCUUUAUUUGUUAUUUCCAAUGUACUUUCUUUUUAAAAUGUGAUCAGGACACUACUUACCGCUGUAUUCAGUCCUCCUGAUGGAAACUGCUCACUGUAUUAAUAUGUCAUUUCUUUCCAGGAGAGCCUGUAGGGUGCCUGUUUAACAAUGCUGACCUGCGUUGGGAACGUUUUGAAGUGCUGUAUGGAAACGUAACAUACAUUCUGUGCUCCUGAUACCUGCUUUUAGAACUUGUUCCACGUCUAGCUUAGCUGAUCUAACCAGCGUUGUGUGCAGUUUUCCGAGAGGCAGGAUAACCUUAACCCUUUAAAUGCAGAUGCCUUACAGAGUUAUGAAGGAUAACUUUGCCGUCAGUUUGUUAAUAACUGAUGUCUUCUUACGUAGCGUAUGUGACGGAGCUCAAAUCUACGUGUGCCAUCUCGAGUACAGUUCGUUCUGGAUAUACCGAAACAUCCUGAAUGUCUGAUUGUAUUUCACAGCCAGUGCUCUAUGCCGCUCUGGUCCUCAGCAUUCUUGAUGCCCAAGGGAUCCUUCCUUGGUGUUUAGGAGGUGUUUUGUCUCCUCUCCACGACUCAGAAUUCCCCCAUGUGACGGGGAGUAUUAACGUUUUGAUGUUUACAGUCGUAUUCAGCUUCUGACCACUGAUGACAAGCCCUGCCGCCAAUUUCAUGUGAUCUGACCACCUUUGCGAUGGCCUUACUAUCGGCGCGCGUCAUCCUCCUCGAACCCGACCCGUAUGGAGCGGCCCUCGAUCACAGCGACGUAAACCCAGCAGCAUCGCAGCCACUCGCACCCCAUGUUUUUAAACCGCCGUCUUUAUGAUGUUCCACGUUGCAGCAGUCAUUCAUGGAAUUAGGCAGCAGUUUCACGAAACUCCACUGUGCUCUGGGGGCGUGGGUUGGGGGAGGGGGUUAAUCUGUAUUUGUUUAACAAAUGAAUAAUGGCUUCUUGAAUGAAAUUUUUUGCCAAGUCUACUCUUGUAAGUGGUGGAUUUAAACCGUUUUUAGAUAUUAGGUUUUUCUUAAUUAUAAAGUCUAGAAACAUUUUUCUGGUACUGUACAAGUGGAAUUUGCUCUUACUUUAUUAAACAUAAAUCUGUUGCUA